AUGACCUACGUGGCGGAGCACAUCGGUUGGACAUGGCGGUUCAGGUUCACGCCUUCGACGAUGAGCGCUUCGACAAUUUGGCGGUUUGGUAGCGCUCCGUGUCUGUCACAGCAGCUCGGCAAUCUUUUAUUGCCUACCACCCUCCCCGAGGGCCUCGUCGAAGGAUAAGGAUAUCUCGAGGGUAUCUACCAUCAAGGCCUCAACACGUGCAGGCAGCAUGGACUCGUCCGAUUAUCCACGUAUGUCGUUCCGCAGGCGUCCCUUUUAAGACUUGCAACCUGCACUCACACCGCACCCGCUAAACGUGUGGGCUGGUACCCUCCUUUCGACGAGCUACAUAUUCUUCGUAUAGAGGUCCUUUUACGAUGUCUAGGACAGCUGAGCUGUCGGAGCGUUCUCCUGGCAGUAGUUACACUGAUCUCGAGUAAGUUCAAGUCCUAUUAUUUCUGCAGCGUGAAGCUUAGAUGACUUCCGCAGGAAUAGCGCCCUCCUGGACCCACUUUUUGAACUAAAGGAGGUAACCUCGACGCCUACGCCGCUAAGUGGCAUGCUGCAGGACCCAGGUAUCUUGCGCUCUCUGAUCGCGCCGAAGAAAUCUCGCAGGGCCUCCGCCAGCUCCCAACGAAGCGGGUCUCGUGAGCGCGAGCGCAGCAAGGAUGUGCGCAGGCCCAAGAAGGACAGCGACGCGGCGAGCGUGCUGACCCUUGUCCUUGCCGAGGAGGAGCGCCAGGUGCACCACAUGAAGGCCGUCCUCCGCGCGACGGGCGACCGUCUCGAGGGCGAGAUGCGCCGUGCGGAAAGCGCAGAGGAGCGUGCGCGUGCGGCAGAGGGCCGUGCCCGCGACGCUCUCAGUCGUGCUACUACCGCGGAGGCUGCGAGGCAUCACGCCGAACUCGAGGCCACACGUGCCCGCGAAGAGAUUACACGUUAUCGAAUGCUCGCGGAGGCUGCUGAGCGUGAAGCUCGUCGUGCAGAAACAGACGUUCAGCGGCUCGAGCGGCUCAAGAGCGAAGCUGAGUAUUCCGCUGCGGACGCCAGAGACAUAGCGCGCAAAUCCCAGCAAGCGCUGCGCGAGUGGCAGGCGAGGGAAGAGGGCCGUCUCGAGGGGAUGCGGCUCGAGAUCCGCAGACGCUACGAUGACGGCAGAGAUGAUGGGUUUGACGAUGGGCGAGCGGAGGGGUAUGAGGCUGGCUAUACCGAGGGUCUGGAAGAGGGCAAGGACGAGGGUUUACACGCCGGUAGGACAGAGGGUGUUGCCUCCGGCCGACUGAUCGGCUUCGAGGAAGGCAAGCAAGUAGGCUUUGAUGACGGCUUCAAAGAAGGCUAUGAACGCGGUAGGCGUGAGGAGCGUGUGCAUGCCAUGGAGGCAUUUGACAAGUUCCUGGACGCUGAGAAGGACAGGGACAGCUAUGUGUCAUCGGUAAGUUUCCUUUCUGUGACACCGCCGGUAGCGUUAAUAUUGCCUCAGGAUGAACCUGAUCGCAUUCACCAAUGGGUCGAGGCCACAAGGCACAUUCCUCCCCCAGAGUUACGCGAGUCCAUGUCCCCCACCCCACGAUACAUUCGGCCUCCGUCCCCGGCGACCGAAGUCAGAGAGCCAGCACCUCUUCCUGUGGCACCGUGGUUGCAUCGAAUGCCAAGAGCGACGCCUGUUAUGCAGCCCGGGCAGCCAGCAGAUGGCACUCUUCAAUGAGCAUGCGUUCUUUAUCCCCUUGGAAUAGAUGACGGCAGCGCUGUCAAGAUACUUUCUGCUGGGAUCAGUGGGGUUCACUGUAUAAUAUUAUGUACCAUUAUAUAUUCGUCAGGAGAUGAUCUACGGAGCUUUUAGACCUAUAUCUAGCCGCCAUCCGAGAGCACAUGCUGUAGCUGCAACGGAAAGUAUGACCAUAAUGAUGUACCGGGGAUGCAUGUGGUACUUCCCU